AUGGAGCAGAGGAGACGAAAGAGGCUCAGCGUGGCCGUUUCGUUUCAGGAGAGGACCUAUGUAGAGGAGGAGCAUGAUGAUGAGGAAGGAGUAGGCCAGAAGGAGAAUGUGCCACCAAAGCCGAGGAACGCCAAACCGAACGUUUCCUUUGAUCGCAAAAAAUCAAUCGUUCAAUUCAAGGAGAACGAUGACGCCGUUGAGAAGCGCAAUCGCCGCAAAUCGAGGAUCAUGAUGGAGGAGGCCCUUGGAGGUGGCGGCGGACUUCUGAGGCGUAAGAGCCUGCUGCCUCGCAUCCACCUCCCCAAGACCCAGCUCAUUGAGCUCUACUCCGAAUGCAUUCGCCUCAGUGCCGAGAACAAAAUCAAUCAGAAGAACUCUUGGUCGCUCGACCUGAUCGACCACAUCGACGACGUGCUGCAGAGCAACUUCAACAGCGAGGAGGGUAGCGGGGUGGGCAACUUCCAGGCGGCAAGCUGCACGCUGGACGCCAGCGUCAAGAUCUAUUCGUACCGGGUGGACUCCAUCCACAACGAGACGUAUAGAGUCCUGGGUGACCUCUCGCUCACCCGAAACGGCAAGAAGUCAAAGCACGACGACGCGGACGAAGGAGCGGAUGAAGAGGGCAACGAGUCCCAGGCCCAGGGGAAGAAAGGCGCCGGUGCGAGGAGGAAGAGGCGCACCCGCGUCGACACCAUCGAGAAGAACCCAGCGUCGCUCCUGGUCGAGGAGUUGGGAUUCGGGCUGGGGCUCGACCCGCUCUUCCGCAAGCUGAGCUCGGGGUUCGACGAAAACGGAGCCCAGGGGCUGCUGCUCAACCAGCUGCCCAUAAAUCGACAUGCAGAGGUCGUGCUGGACUCAACCGCCACGUUCAUGUCCUCCAACGACGUGGAUUCCGCCGAAGACGAAGGGGGCGAAGGGGGCUCAUCUGCUCACGGGCUCUACUCGCUGCCGGCCGAUCUCGUUCGGUCGCUGCAGCGCUCGCUUCGCGACGCCGCCGUGCUGUGCCCUCCGCUGUCCGAACAGCAGCCUGACGAGGCCGAUGACCAGGAGGAGUUCGAGCCCGUCGCCUUCGAGCUGGACGCGUCAGAGGCCGAUGCGCAGACGAACACGCACGACAAUCCCAGCGAGGGCGAGGGCCUCCUGCGCACGCUGGGCCUCCACAGCUUGGCUCCGACCGCGCCGGACUUGGCCGACCACGAUCCGAACGCGUGGGGCGACGACGAUAUCGGAUAUGACGGCGCCGAGGCGUCUCUCGACGACAGCCAAAUAGGAAGCGACGCGUUCCACAGCAAUCCACCACUCACAACUCAGGAGCGGAUAGCGGGGGAUCUGGGGGACCUGGGCGCGGGUAUGAAGGGCCUGCGAGAUGGCGGCGGCGGCGGAGCCUUGGCGAGCGACCUGGCAUCGCUGGUCGGCACGCUCCAGCUGGGCGCGUCGGGCUGGGCCGGCCCAUCGCACUGGAAGUACAAGCCCGCCAAGGCCGUUGUGGUGAGGGCCAAGACGGAGACUGGACAGGAGGAGAACGGCGAGGAAGAAGAAGAGGAAGAGGAAGAAGAGCGCGCUUCGGCCAACAAGAAGGGGAAGAAGAAGGCGGCCUUCUUCAUCGACUUCAGCGCGCCGCCCAUCGACACCAAGGUGGCCUUUGCCACCACCCGUGCGGCCACCACUCUCUCCCAGGCCGUUCUCAAAAAAGCCAAAGAGGAGGACUACCUAUUGCCCCGAGACGUCAAGUACGACUACCGAGCCCUGUGCUCCUACUUUCUCCACCCGACUCGCACCAUUGGCUCCCCGCUGGUCUCCUCUGCACUUCUCGGAGGAGCGGCGCUGUACAGCAACAUCGCGGCCAACCAACCGUUUGAUGUCCCGGCUCCGGCGACGCACGAGGACGUGAAUAUGGAUGUGGACACGGAUAUGGACCUGGACAUUGGCGGCAGUGACAUGGACGACGCCGAAGAGAAUUACGUCGCGGAGACUGACCUGCAUUCGGCCAACGAUGAUCCAGCAACGCAUGCGCAGGAUGCCGCCGCCGCCGGAGAAGUGGGCGAGGACAAGCUGGAGCUGGUGGAACAGCCGCGAAAGAUCAACAGCGAGGCCAUCUCAUAUGCCCGCGUGGCCAAGAAGAUCGACGUCAUUGCCCUCAAGCGCGCCCUCUCCCAUCAGAUCACGUCGUCAUCUCCGCAAGAGAAGGAAGGAGUCUCGUUCAAGAGCCUCCUCCACAAGCUUCCCUCGCGCAUCAAGGACAAGCGCACCCUGGAAGAUCUCUCCGUGUGCUUCAUCACGCUGCUCCACCUGGCGAACGAGCACGACUUCGAGAUCAGCGCCGCGUCCUUGGGGGGACUCAACGACGAUGACGAUGAUGAAGAUGACGGCGAUUCUCUGGCCUACCCCACCGACUAUCUCGUUCACGUGCCAGAGCGGCAGUAG